AUGUCGUUUAUGUUGACUCAUUUGCAUUCUGGUUGGGCUGUGGACCAGGCUAUUGUAACCGAGGAAGAACGACUAGUAUGCAUAAGAUUCGGACAUGAUCAUAACCCAGAGUGUAUGAAGAUGGAUGAAUUGCUCUAUAAAAUUGCUGAUGAUGUGAAGAAUUUCUGCGUUAUUUAUGUGGUUGACAUAACAGAGGUCCCAGAUUUUAAUGGGAUGUAUGAGCUCUACGAUCCAGUUUCGGUAAUGUUCUUUUAUAGAAAUAAGCAUAUGAUGGUUGAUCUCGGAACUGGAAACAAUAACAAGAUUAACUGGGCCAUGAAUAACAAGCAAGAACUCAUUGAUAUCAUCGAGACAAUCUACAGAGGCGCCAGAAAAGGUAAUACCCGAAAUACAGUUACUGAAAGGGAUACGAGGUGGACUGAAAUAUGCACUGGCUAA